AUGAUUGCGUGUUCCAAUUUGGACAUUUUCAAAGAUUUACGAGAAGUCUUCAGUCUGGGACCGUCAGCGACUCUUCCUUCAAAUCGAUUCGAAAGAAUUGCAGGACACGUCUUCGACCAACGUAGGUUCUACCCUGUAUUUCCAGGAUCGAUCAAGAAGACAAACAAGGAUAAUAACGAAGGUCUUUAUACUGGGCUAAUGGGAGAACAAUUGGCAACUACUAUGGUAGGUGGUUCCAGUUUAGAAGUGCCAUACAUGGGUCUAGCCGAACUAGGCGAUACUCUCCCUGACCUACUCAUAGCACCCUCAGAGCUCAAGUUCUUUGCUAAGGUGAUACGUGGAGUAAUUGUGAUAAAUCCAGGAAACUUUAUUCGUCCGCACAAUGAUCCUAAUAAAGAAGAGGGCACUUAUGUGACGGUUAGUAUCGGUCGACCCGAGGUAAAUGAGGAAGACAAAGUGCCUAACCAUGACGACCUAUACUACAACCAUGUGUACCGUCGCUCAAGAGUGGACAUAAUGAGAAAUAGCUAA